AUGGGUUUGGACCAGGACAAGAUAAAGAAGAGGCUUUCUCAAAUAGAGAUAGACAUCAACCAGAUGAACCAAAUGAUUGAUGAAAAUCUACAGUUAGUUGAACCCGCAGAGGACGAAGCUGUCCAAAGUGAUUCCGAGAAAGCAGGUGUGAUCGACGCUCCAAAAGUGGUAGACACGACAAAUACUGUUCCCUCAAACAAUAUUAGUGAAGCUAGUGCUAACUCUAAAGAUACAGCUCAGCUUGAAGAUCAGCGAACUUCAGAGGGCUAUAUUCCCAUUGGAAAUGGAAUGAUUGAAAGUGAGGAAACCCCAUCUCAGUCACCAGAUACUCGAACUGUUACAGUUGAGGAGCAGAUAGAUCAUACGGCCAUUGCUAUUGGUGACUCCUACAAUUCAUUUGUUGCAAAUUCUGCUGGAAAUGAAGAGACAAAGAGCAUCCACACCGAAAAUACAGAAACUAAUACCGCCAAUGUAAUUCAGGACAGAUGUAGUGCUCAUCUUGAAACUGUCCAAAACAAUGAUGACGAAUGGGAAGACGAAAAAUCAGAAGUGGAAGAGGAGCACAUAGAUAAGGAAACGGGAUUGAACAGUGAGGCUAAGCCUUUCGAGCCGCUGACCCGUCAAAACGCUACUUUAACAAGACGCGAUGAGGUAGACACUGAGUUAAUAUUAGACAAGUUUUCUUCAACCAAUAGAGAUCUGGAUAUACAACCACAAACUAUAUCUGUGGAGAGCCACAAUGAGAAUGACCACGAAAGCGACCUUUCAGCUAACCAAACACCCCAGAAUGAAACCUCAGAGGAUUUUUCCAGUCCUUCUGGAAGAACUACACCAUUGGAUUCUCAAUCUAAAAUUUUUAUUCCCAAAAAGAAUUCUAAAGAUGAUAACACUAAGGUAAACGACAUCAAUUCUGGCGGUCUCGAACAAAAGAAAACGGCAUAUUCGGAGACACGACGCCCAACAAACCCAUUCAGAGUUAUUUCAGUAAGCAACAACUCUAAUUCAAGGGGAGGGAGUCGUAAAUCUUCCCUAAAUAAGUAUGAAUCUCCAGUUUCUUCCCCCGUUACAUCGGCGUCCGAGUUAGGUAAUGUUACAAAGCUGGAAAAAAGACACGAUUAUUUAUCGAUGAAAUGCGUUAAGUUGCAAAAGGAAAUUGACUACUUGAACAAGAUGAAUGCGCAAGGUUCUCUGUCUAUGGAAGACGGAAAGAGACUGUAUAGAGCUGUGGUAAAGCUUCAAGAGUAUCUUGAUAAGAAAACGAAGGAGAAAUAUGAAGUCGGCGUGUUGUUGAGUAGAAAUCUGAGAAAACAAAUUGAUCGUGGUGAAAAUGGUCAAUUUUGGAUCGGCACGAAGUGA